CCUCCUUGAUAUGCGCGAAACUUCCGUUGCUGUUAAGUCGUGUUUGGAUUAUUAAUAUUAUCGGUGCAAGUUGUUGUGUGUAUAUUCAAAUCAGUGGACUUUAAGAAAUAUAUAUCUUUGUUGUGAAAGUGAAUAUACCUUUGGAAUUCUUCAACUUGGAGGUCAGAGUGUGAGAGUACAUUCUACAGUGAUCAAUAGAUCAUUCUACAUCUUAUGAAGAGCAACAGUGUUGAUAAAACAUGAUGGAGCCUGAGGUACAAGUUGCUAAAAGUAAUGAUGACUCAAAACAUCGAUGUGAGCUUGCCCUAUCCCAGGAAGGACUAGAUGAUGAAGGCCAUGUGCAUUUUUCUGUAGACCAGGUGAUUGCCCAUGAAUCAGAGAUUCUUACUCAUUACGCAGGGGAAGACAUUAUUCAUGUUCAUCUGGGCUUCUUGCAGUUUAAGCAUUGUUAUGAAGUAACAUUUUGCAUAAAGGAUAAUUUAUAUGAGGACAUAGAAUGUGACCCACUUCAGAAUCUUCAUGUUAAAAUGGAAAAAUACCAACCUACAGAAGAUGGUGAAGGUCAUCAGCUAACAAUAUUAUUCAAUGCUCACAAGGAAAAGUUGAUGGAAGAAACACUAAGAAUACUCGACAAGAAGGAUUCUGGUAAAUCACUCACACUUGUAUUUCACGCCCGAGUUUUAGGUCUGGUUUCUUCACAGCUGCUCGAAGAUACAUGUAUGUUUAUUCUUCCUGCCCGUGUGGCAGAAAAACACGUCAUGUCGUCGUAGACAUCGUACAUUACAGCAGUACUUUAAAUGAACCCAGUGAUUACAGUUUUGGAACAUGCACUGUCCCCUCAGAGUAAAUACCAGUGAAGUGCAUCUUUUUAAUUCAACUGGUUGAAAAAGCCCACAAACACAACACUUUUCUUCGUCAUCUUCAGUUUCCGAUUCCGAGAAGUUGUCACUUGAUAUCAGCCCGUUGUCAACUCCUGAGGGCCCUGGCUGCGGUGAAUUAGAUUUUUUGAUUGGUACUACAGCUUUUGUUUUUCUUGAAGAAACAACUUUGGGUUUUUUAGAGGAAAAGACAUAUUCAUACAGUUGGGAUGAUACAUCUGGCUCUGUAAUUGGUUUUCCACCAACAACCUUGUGAACUGAACGCCUGGGUUUAGACUGAUUGGGUUUAUUGUAGUGUACAACUGGCAGGCGACUUGAAAAGAAAUUGUCAACAGUGUUUCUGUCUUGUGGUUGAGAAAUAUCGGCAUUGUUACUAGCAAACAUAAAUCGUCUGCUUUUUCGUGAUUUUUAAAUAAAUCUGUAACAUUUGAACAUCUAGUUUUAAUUUUAAGUGUUAUUUUUCAGUUUUAUAUGUUGCAGAAUUUGCUGCAGAAUUCAUCAAAUUUUACCGCAGAAUGUCAAA